AUGUCAAACACAUCAGUGUCUGAAACAACAAAACUGCUUGAGGAAACUCGGGCAAUCGUUUAUGAUCAAGAGCAUGAACAACAUAACAGGCACCCUGGAGAGAGUGAGAUAACCCUAUCAUCCAUACACUCACUUUUAAGUGAAAUGAAUUCCAAACUUUCUAACAUUGAAAUUAAGAACAAUGCCCUUGACGUUAGACUCACAACUAUUGAGAAAAAAAUGUGCUCUCUAGAUGAAAUUCAAGGUACUCUUAACUCAAUGAAACACGCUCAGAAGUCAACAGAAUCAGAGCUAAGGGCUGUUAAGGAAAUAAAUUCUAGUCUCCAAGAAUCUGUAACUGACUUGAAGGCACGCUCAAUGCGCGACAAUCUGGUAUUCACAGGAAUACGGGAACAUGCGUGGGAACACACCGAACAGGUACUGCAAGAUUUCCUCCAAAGAAAGUACAGACUGGAAUACCCAUUAGAUUUUGAAAGGGUUCACAGAAUGGGCAAGUUCAAUGAGUUUAGUGAGUUCCCGAGAAAAAUAGUGGCCAAAUUUUCAUUUUUCAAGGACAAGGACCAUAUACUAUCGAACGCAGCUAGAAGACUCAAGGGAAGUGGAGUGUAUGUGAACGAGCAGUUUCCACCGGAGAUCGAGGAGAAAAGGAAAAAAUUGUACCCUGUGAUGAAACAAGCAAAACUGGAUCACAAGCGUGCAAAGUUGGUGCGUGACAAACUCUUUAUUAACGGGAAGGAAUACAUUUCGCAGGAAAACGCCCCCAUUUUUAGAUCCGAGUGGAACAGUGAAUCCGCCCCUGAUCAGAUCAACAGAACACCGAAUGACCGCAAUUUAAAGAGGGCGCGAGUAUCAUCAACCCCCGACAAGUAG